GACGUCACGGGUGGCCCGCUCCUGGAUAGGGUCUUGAUGUUUCCCGGAGAAAGGCAGUGACUGUCCGGAGAGAGGAUAACGGGGCAGGUCUAUACGAUGUUCCGGAUCCUUCUUCUGUCCCUGUGUGUGGCACUCUGCUGCGGGCGCCAUGACCACGAGGACUGGACCGAUCCCACAGACAUGUUCAACUACGAUGCAGCAACCGGCAAAAUGAUUAAACAGAAGCACAACACAGAGGAGAAGGUAGAUGGAGUUUGUGAGAAAGCAGGAGAGGAGUCCUGCCCGGGCAGUAGUGCGGUGAUGGUGAGGGACGUAGAAAAACCAAAACAAGUGACUGAAGAACACAAGGACAAGGAGGUCCUAAAAUUACCUGAGGGCUACAGUAACCCGGUUCUCAGACGCUUCCUGCGCAAGGUGCUGAAGGAGGCCGAGCGUUUUGGGCUUCCAGAAGACUCCAGUUCUGAAGUCUAUUACAACGCCGAGAUGGUUCUGACAAAGCAGAUGGUUGCAGAGAUUCAGAAGUUCAUCGAUGAUAAGGAUUGGAAUCUGGGGGCUCUGGAGGAAGCAUUGAUCAGGACACUAGUGCAGUUCAGAUAUCACAACGUGAAAGAAUGGUGGACGGGGAUGUUCGAGGACUAUAUUGGCAUCGAUCUUGGCACCACUUUUAAGAUUCUCCUGUGCAUUACGUGCAUUGUGACGGUCAUAGCGACAGAGUUGUGGUCGUGUGUUGGAUGGUUUACACAACUGAAGAGACUUUGUAUACUAAGCUUUUUUAUUAGCGUGGCAUGGAACUGGAUGUACUUGUACAAGGUGGCUUUUGCAGAACGGCAGGCUGAGCUGGCAAAGAAUCAGAAGUUCGAUGACAACUGCGGGGAAAAGAUAAGCUGGUCCGAAAGUCUGAUCGAUUGGUGGAGGGGAGUCGCCACUUUCCGGAAUGAUCCCUGUGAAGAAUAUUUUAAGGCUCUGAUGAUAAAUCCAGUGCUCAUGGUCCCUCCUACAAAGGCGUUGGCUCUUACCUUUACAGACUUUGUAACCGAACCCUUAAAACAUGUGGGGAAAGCGAUGGGAGAGUUUUUAAACGGCUUCCUGGCCGAGAUCCCUGCUCUCUAUCAGUUACUUGUGCUGAUUCUUUUAAUGGCUAUUAUUUUGGUUUCGUGUUAUGGAGCGAGCACAUCAGUUGGUCAAGUUCUUGCGCUCAGGAGCAAUAGAGAGCCUCAAAGGGAGAGACUGCCACCUGCAGAACCACCCCGAGAAAAACUGUUACCCGCAGAGCCAACCCGAGAGAGACUGCCACCCCCAGAGACUGCCUGGGAGAGACUUCCUCCCGCAGAGCCACGGAGACCACAUUAUGGAAAUGUUAUUGAAGCAUGGCAACCGCAGCCGUACUACAUAGAACCACCAUAUCGGCCAGUUUACACAUAUCCUCCAAAUCAGAGGCCUGAGAACCUACAAGCAAUUGAUGUUCCAUAUUGGCGUCCUCCAGGUCCUACAGAGAUGGACUUUGGUUUGAGACAUCAGGAUGGUGGAGGAGAAAGGAGGAAGGAAGACGUCACCAAGGAGAGGGAACAAAGCGGGAAACCUGCAGAACCUACAGAAGAGAGCUCUGAGAGAAAGCGAAGAAAAGAAGAGUCAAAGGAGAGACCCGACGGGACACCGCAAGGGGAGAAGGAGCCAAUAGUGGAAAGUUCCUUUAGUAAAGUACAAAAAAAAGAAGACCCUCCAGAGCCGAAAUCUACGGCAUAUCAGAGGAAAGUUGAGUCUAUAGAAGAAGUAAAUAAUAGUAAAACUGAGUCUGUACAUAGUAAAGAGAAAAUAGAAGAGGAGCCUGUAGACCAGAAAGGUGGUGAACAUCAAAGGGUAGAGGAACCUCCACAUGAAAGGUCUUCUGGUCCACAGCAAAGGAACGAGGCCUCGGUGGAAGAGAUCUCCUAUGGGGAACAGUCAUUGGAGGAAGGAGGAGCCCCAGAUGACAAAUCUUUAGAGCAAACAGAAAAGCUGUGUAUUUUCAUAGGGAGGAAUGAAGAAGUCACCAAUCAGAAACCUUCAAGGGAAGAAAGUGGGGAACCUGCAAAACCUACAGAAGAGACCUCUGAUAGAAAGCAAAGAAAAGAAGAGUCAAAGGAGAGACCCGACGGGACACCGCAAGGGGAGAAGGAGCCAAUAGUGGAAAGUUCCUUUACUGAAGUGCAAAAUAAAGAAGACCCUCCAGAGCCGAAAUCUACUGAAUAUCAGAGGAAAGCUGAGUCUAUAGAGGAAGUGAAUAUUAGUGCACAACAAAGUAAUACUGAGUCUCUACAAUGUAAAGAGCAAAUAGAAGAGAAGCCUGAACGUCAAAGUGUAGAGGAACCUCCACAUGAAAGGUCUUCUGGUCCACAGCAAAGGAACGAGGCCUCGGUGGAAGAGAUCUCCUAUGGGGAACAGUCAUUGGAGGAAGGAGGAGCCCCAGAUGACAAAUCCUUGGAGCAAACAGGGAGGAAUGAAGAAGUCACAAAGCAGAAACCUUCAAGGGAACAAAGUGGGGAACCUGCAAAACCUACAGAAGAGACCUCUGAUAAAAACCAAAGAAAAGAAGAGUCAAAGGAGAGACCCGACGGGACACCGCAAGGGGAGAAGGAGCCAAUAGUGGAAAGUUUCUUUACUGAAGUGCAAAAGAAAGAAGAUGCUGCAGAGCCGAAAUCUACGGAAUAUCAGGGGAAAGCUGAGUCUAUAGAGGAAAUAAGUAAUAGCUCACAGGAAAGUAAUACGGAAAUAGAAGAGGAGCCUGUAGACCAGAACGGUGGUGAACGCCAAAGGGUAGAGGAACCUCCACAUGAAAGGUCUUCUGGUCCACAGCAAAGGAACGAGAUCUCCUAUGGGGAACAGUCAUUGGAGGAAGGAGGAGCCCCAGAUGACAAAUCCUUGGAGCAAACAGGUGCCUCGAACAGGAAUCCUUCAGCGCGUAAGAUUAACAGAGAAGAAGCAAAAUGCUGGAUGUUUUCCUUGAAGAUAAGGGGCCCUCUUGACACCAGGCACCUGGAAAAGUCUUUGCCUCAAUGUGCGUGCAGAUGACACCUGCUUUCUGACAUUCCUGAGCCAACUCUGCACUGGCUGAAACCAUCCCAGAGAUGUCUCCUCUUUAGGAAUCGGUACUGGCACUUGUUGGACUUUCUUGGGUACCCUGAAACCUACUUUACAGCAAUAAAACGUCUCUCCUUGAAAUUCUUGACGAGCCGAUAAAUUAUUGAUUUUGAGGCAAUUUUAGAAGCAGCAAUGUCCUUGUCUGUAAAGCCAUUUUGAUGCAAAGCAAUAAUGACAGCAUGCAUUUCCUUGGAGGUUACCAUAACAGAAGAGGACACUGAUUUUAAGCACCAGUAGACAAAAUAGAGAAAUGCAUUGUCCUGGAUAACACUUUCUCCUGUGCUGAAGAGAAGAUCACUGAAAUUGUGUUUGCUGGUCAUUUUGUUGCAGGGCUGUGAUUAAAUUAAUAUUUAUGGCACGAAAUGACUAUUAUCUGAUCCCUCUUCAUAACCAUCUCAACUAUAUGCAAAUUGCCACUAUAGAAACUAAAGCUGAAAACUUUGUGAAAACUAAAAUUUGCGUAAAUUUUAGACAGCAGCUUACACCUAGAGCCAUCGUUGUCCUAUGUCUCAAUCCUGGUUUCACAAAGAUCUGCCAAAAUUACAUGGAUGGAUCUGAAGAUCUAAUGAAAAACAAAAGAAAUUUCAGAAAAAUGUACAUAUGAAAUGCACGUGCUUGCCACCUCCCAUUUACAGUAUCACCAAUGUUAACAAUUACACUAUUGCCUCCAGGUUUUCCACUGCUCCUUAUCACACCAGGAACAUACAUGACUGAGGUGGUUCCAAGUCCUAUACAGUAACCCCCCGACCUACGAUGGCCCCGACAUAUGAUAAAAUCGACAUACGAUGGCCUCUCAGAGGCCAUCGCAUGUCGAUGUCAGCAUCGACAUACGAUGCUUUUAUAUGUCAGGGCCAUCGCAUUAACUGCUAUCCGACAGCGCAAAAUGCUU